GGGAUCAUGGGCAUGUGGACCUCGAGCAUGGAUGUCUUCCUAAGUCUUUGGAGGAUGUACGUGUUUCCGAGAGGUCCUGGAUGGGUGGACUUUCUCCAGCACUUGGGAGUGUGCUGUUUUGUGGCCUUCAUUUCAGCGAGCCUCCUCUCUGUGGCCUUCUACUGGUUUCUGCCAUCAGUGGUGGCCUUCGCCACCUCCUGGAUGGUCAUGUGUGUUCUCUUGGGCUGCUCCAGGCACGCGCGCUGUUUCAUUCUUCUGGUCUUUCUCUCGUGUGGCCUGCGUGAAGGCAGGAACGCUUUGAUUGCAGCUGGCACGGGCAUAGUGAUCUUUGGCCACGUGGAAAAUAUUUUUCACAACUUUAAAUGUUUCCUGGACAGUAUGACUUGCAACCUGAGGGCAAAGAGCUUUUCCGUACAUUUUCCACUUCUGAAAAAAUACAUUGAAGCCAUUCAGUGGAUUUAUGGCCUUGCCACUCCACUGAAUGUAUUUGAUGACCUCGUUUCGUGGAAUCAGACACUGGUAGUCUCUCUUUUCAGUCCCAGACAUGUCCUGGAGGAACAGCUAAACAACACCAAAGGAGAAGUCCUGAGUGUCUUACACCCUGUGACCACCAUGAUGGAGGUGUUUUCCUCCCUGGGGCAGAAGCUGCUCGCCUUUGCUGGGCUUUUUCUUGUUCUGCUCAGCACUGGCCUCUUUAUGAAGCGAUUUUUGGGCCCCUGGGGUUGUAAGUUUGAAAACAUCUACAUCACCAGACAAUUUGUUCAGUUUGAUGAAAAGGAGAGGUAUCGACAGAGGCCCUGUGUCCUCCCACUGAAUAAGAGGGAGAGGAAGAAGUAUGUUGUCAUCCCAUCUUUCCGGCUGACUCCUAAAGAGAGGAAAAACCUGGGGCUGUUUUUCCUCCCCAUACUUACCCAUCUCUCCAUCUGGGUGCUGUUCACAGCUGCAGAUUACCUGCUGUAUCGGCUCAUUUUCUCCGUGAGCAAACAAUUCCAAAGCUUGCCAAGACUUGAAGUUCACUUGAAACUGCACAGAGAGAAACAAGGAACUCAAGACCUCAUCCAUGAUUCUUCCUUUAAUAUAUCUGUCUUUGAACCCAGCUGCAUCCCUAAACCUAAGCUCCUUCUGUCUAGGACUUGGGUUCCUCUCAGUAUUAUUAUUGUGAUAUUAAUGUUGCUGGGACUGUUGUCCUCCAUUCUGAUGCAACUUAAGAUCCUGGUGUCCACAUCCUUCUACCCCAACGUGGAGAGGGAGCGCAUUCAGUACCUACAUGCAAAGCUACUUAGAAAAAGAUCAAAGCAGCCACCAGAAGAGUUCAAAAGGAAACUGAGUCUGUACUUUAAAAAGGUUCAUUUCUGGCUUCCAGUCCUGAAAAUGAUUAGGAAGAAACACACAGACAUUGAGGCCGAAGACAAUCCACAAGAGUCUGAAUAGCUCUUGAGCCGUGUGCAUGCAUCGUUCUUCUCAGGUCUACCGUUGGUGAUCACUGUUUAUGCCCACUACUGGAGGGCUAUGCCACAAGGCCACAGAGAGGUUUGGGUUUGCAGGGCCACCUUAGAUCACCUGGUUAUUCCUCCAAAUGACUUGUUAUCUUUAAGUCAAGAGGUACCAGGCAAAUGGUUUUGAGUCUGUCUUCCAUACAAUGUACAUGAUCUGGAUGGAGUCACCACAGGACUAUACCCAGGCCCAUUGGUGAUGAGCUUCAGCGUACAGUACUAGUCAAAGAAAAAGAAUGGAAAAUAAAACAAUGGAAAUCUGUACUGCAGUCUUACUAGCAAAUGCCAAGGAGAACAUAUAUGCAUAAAGUCUGCAAAAUAUC